AUGAAAAUCUAGAUCAUUGGCUUGCUGAUUAUACUUCAGUUGGCAAAAUCCUAAGUUGUGCUAUCUUUCAAAAAUUAGUGUUAAUGUUCCUAAAUUGCAGUAGAUACAGAAUGCAAUUUGCUUUAUCCUUAUUGUUAUUGGUCAGUGAAUUAAUAAAAUGUUGGAUUAUGUAAAACUACAAAUUGCUAUGGCCUUACCUCUGCAGAUUGUGUUCUCGUAAAAAAUUGUAUUUGGAAUGGGGAUUAUUGCCUAUCUUCGAAGACAGAUGUGAAAUGUAAUUAAUUAGAAGGGCAACCGGGUCUAACUUGUCAAUAAUAGAAUUUAUUGUGUUAUGGAACAAUAGGACUUUGCACUACAAUUGAUGAGUUACCUAAUUGCAAUACAUACUAAACUUAAGAAUAAUGUACAAUGGGUAAGGAAGGCAAGUGCUAAUGGACAACAUAAAAUGCCUGUAGUUUUUACCAAAAUUGUCAAUAAAUUCCUUUAAAUAUGUGCAAUAACUAUAAACCAUAUGAAUCAAUAUAUUCAUAAGGACAAUAUUGCCAUAUCAAUAACAAUGGAUUAUGUGUUCAAAUGACUUGUAGUGAUAUUACAACCGAAUCCAAUUGUAAAUUUGUUUAAACGGUAUUUAAUCAGGAUUAAUAUUAUUUAUGUUCAUGGAAUGCCUUUUCAAAAACUUGUGGAAAUGCAUCAAAUACAUCUAAUUUGACUGAAGAAACUUGCUUUUCUAAUACCAUAGGUACAUAUCAUUGGAUAGCUGAAAACAAAUAAUAAGUACAAGGCAUCUGUUUCCCAUGUACUUUUAGAAUUGUUAAAAAGUAAGACCUCUGCUUAUGUGAAUAAUUGGUAGCUUAAAUGGAUUGUAUCUCCGCCAAAAUCUGUACAUGGCAAUCGAAUAAGUGUGUAAGCAGCGAAUGCAAUUUAUUUAAUGAUUAAUAGUCAUUGUGCGCUUAAUCACCUGGUUGUAUGUAUCUUUUUGGCAAAGGCUGUUUUCCUUUCACCAAAUGCUCAGAUAUUAAAGGCAGCAAUCAAUUCUAGUGUAUUUCAUAAUCAUUUUAAUGUCCAAGUAGUAAUGGACAAUAUUGCACUGCACUUCCAAUUGAUAAUUCAAUAUUCUGUAAAUAAUAAGGUAAUGCAUAUAAUUGUGGUAAUGCAAUAAUUGGUUAAGGGCAGUGUUUAUGGAAUUACAGUAAAAACCAAUGCUAAUAUUCAUCUUCGUGUUAUAGUUUUGGCAUGUAAGAUUGCUUAAGACUAAAGCAUUCAUGUUAUUAUUCUGGGUAUUAUUGUUACCCUAUCAAUUGUUCAUAUUUCACAUCUGCCUCUGAUUGCACCUACUAUUUUGAUUAUUAUGAUGCAUCCUAUAAAUAUUGUUAUUGGAACUCUUAGGAGGGCUAUUGUGAUGAUGAAAAACCAUAUCAAUUAGAUUUUUCAUCUUGUUACACAUCUAGUCAAGGACAAUAUAGAUGGAGUAGUCUAGACUAGAAAGUAGGAGUCUGUACCUAAUGUGCUGCCGUCAUAAUUCCUAAUAAACGCAAAUGGUGUUCAUGUGAUUAAUUGAUCUACUAAAAAGAUUGUGCCACUGCUUAUGAUAGUUGUCUAUGGAAUCCAGAAAAAUCGUAGUGUGUAGUGUUAGAUUGUUCUAUGUUGAAAUCUAGAAAUCUUUGUGUUCAAAAUUAUAAUUGCCAUUGGAUCUAAUAUCAAGAUGUUAUGCAAUGUUUACCUUUUACUUCCUGUGACAAAUUACCUGGAUCUAAUUCCUAUACGUGUCUGCUCUAUUCACAAAGAUGCACUUAAACUGAUGGCUAAUUUUGUAAAGAACUCUCUUAUGCAGACAACAAACAAAAAUGCUCAUCUAUCGCUGAUUACACUAAUUGCUAUUUAACUGUUGCUGCUGAUGGUGUUUGUAGAUAGAAUUCAUAAACUUAAAAAUGCUAUGCGUUAUCAGAAUGCUAUGAAAUUAAUGAAAUGGCUCUUUGUGGUAUUAACCAAUUAUGCUGUACUGA